AUGCUUUCCAAUCUUCUAGUCUCGAAAGCCAGGAAGCCCAAAUUUGACUUCACUCUAAGAAUCUUCGAUCUCAACAACGUCCCGCUCGUAACCGGCAACUCCUUCGUAAAAUGGCAUCUCCCGGCCUCCACAUCUGCCGAGCAUCGCGGACGAACAACGAAAUCCCCAAUCCUAGAACACAAGGUAGUCUGGGACUACACAAAAACUCUUCCUGUACGCCUCACCAUCGAUAAGAACAACAAUCUCACCGAAUGCAUAAUACAUCUUGAAAUCGUCCAGGACUUUCAUAACAUUGGCACAAAGGUGGAACGAGCUACAUUAGGGACUCUGAGCUUGAAUCUCGCGGAAUAUGUGGAGGAAUCGGAGAUGGGUGUAGCGGGGCAGGAAGAUGAGGGUGUUGUGCGGAGGUAUUUGAUGCAGGAGAGUAAGAUCAAUAGCACGUUGCGGAUUGGAAUUUGCAUGAAACAACUUGAUGGAGAGAGAAAUUUUGUUGCGCCACCUUUGAGGACUGCUGCUGUCUUUGGAGGAAUUGCGGGAAUAAUGGCUGGAGAGGGCGAACCUGACGAUCUUCGCACAGAUAUGCCCAGUAUAUCCAAAUCCCGGGACCAGGGCGAAUUACAAGACAUGUACCGUCGCGCGCUCGCCGCCUCAUGGGCUUCGCAAGCAGACGAACUCAGCGCGGAUCAAUGUAUAGAAGACAUAUUCAACGGCGGAAACGGCUGGAAAGACACCUACACCCCAUCCAAGAACCCAACACAUCUACCACCCUCAACUCCUCGACUGAGCACACACACACAAAGCUCGUCUCACGAACAACAUUCUGAUGAAGAUCGCCAUCAUCGAAGACAUCACCGUUCCCCUUCCGGAUCAAGCACCAAAAGCAGCAACACGAUCCGGAAGAAAAGUAGUUUGAAGACGCUGCGAAGACAUAAACACAGUCAUAGUCAGGACACGAUGGCGCAUCUUGGACGACAAGUUGAUGGACAAACGAGUAGUGAGAGUAGUGGAAGUGGGAGCCAUUUGAAUGAAAGAGGACAGGUGGGGAGUGGGAUGAGGAAGGCGAAGGAGGUUGAUGAGUUUGAUAUGAGAGAGGAUUUGGUGGCUUGGAAGUUACCUGAUAAUAUUAGUGCUUAG